AACAAGUUUUGGCUUUACUUUAGAUUGUAGCGAAAGUGACUACAUUUAAUUUUAUUUACUUUCCUUGAUAAGUACUCAAUCUUCAAAAACAGGAAUGGAGGCUGACCCCGUUUCUAACAAAUUAAACUUGUAUGAAGAGGAACUUAACGAUGAAACAACUUUAGAUUUGUCAUCCCAAAACUUAUCUUCAAUACCAGAUUUAAAUAGAAACAAGUAUUUAUGUGCGCUGUACCUCCAGAAUAAUAAUUUAACUACUCUACCUGAAGACCUAUUCCCAAGCUUACCUGCCCUCAUGUGGCUGGACGUCAGAGAUAAUCAACUAACGGAUAUACCGACCACCAUCAAACAGCAUCCCACCCUGACGCACUUUUUACUGCAAAAUAAUAAAAUAACGUCUUUGCCCAAUGAACUAGGCACGCUACCGAAUCUGAAAGUUUUGCAACUGGGCGGAAACCCACUCAUGUACCCUCCUAGAGAAUUAAUCCAAACUGGAGUCAGAAAAUUGCUCUCAUUUUUAGAGAACAAAUAUUUCGAUGGGCUUUUUGAGCAAUCAGAAGUAGGGAAUGCCAAUAGUAUGGAUGAGCCCCAAAGUUACAGUUCCGUAAUAGACGAAGGGAAAUUGGCCAUACUACCCAAUCAAGGCAAAACACUUACCAUUCAAGUGAGCGGAAAGGAGAUAGAAGAUAGUUCUGAUGAUGAGGAGCAUAUUACUAAGAGAAAGAAAAAUUGCCCUAAACUUAAUAAAAGCAGAUUUAAGAACAUGCCGACUUAUUACCAAAGCUCUAAAUAUGUGAAACCUGUGCAUCCGGAUGGUAAAAGCCAGAUUGAGAAAAUCAAGCAGAAUUUCUUAAGAGAAAAAGCUUUGAAAAAGCACAUUGAAUUAGUUAAUAUGCAAGAGAAAAUCUUACAGGAGAAAAAAAACAUGGAACAGCUAAAGAACUGGCGUCAGAUGUACCGAACCACGCAAAUAUUCACGAAUCCAGACUACCAGUUAAAACCAGAGACUUUCCCUUACGAUACCAAUCCUGCCUACAUGACUCUACUCUCGAGAGAAGAUAUAGAGAAAGAUCUACCUGAUAAGUACAGGAAGAAAUUGGUAAGAAGAUGCAAACCAACAGUGCCAAGAAAAGGUGCUUCAGACGUGCACUUGGCAAUGAAGAUUAAGAAACUUUUUGAGAAUUUGGAAGCCAUGGAUAAGCAACGUGAGGAGAUGACGCCCCGGACUGAACAGAAGGUUCUGCUUGGAGAAAUACAGAAGAUAUCAGAGAUAAAACAAAAGUUGAUGGAGCUGUCAGUUUCAAACACACGAUCGGUGACGGCGGAAUGAAAAUAGUUACCAUUUAGAUGAUUUUACAAUAAUUAUUUUAACUGCUAUUGCGUACAAUCGUGAAUUUUAAAUAAAAAAUAAUUAAACACUUUCGUAAGGAAUAUAGAUUUUUAUUGAUGUCCUGCACCAUAAUACAUUCAUGGAUGAUACAGUUUCCAUAAUCUACAUCAAAAUUAUUAGAAAAUAAUUCUUGUAUUAGCGCAUCAAGGUUUUGGAAGAAACCUAUUUCCAGGGAGUGAUAACCUUAUCUAAAAAUAGAAAAUAAGCAACUAAAGUAUGUAAAUUAUAUAAUUCAGUACUUGAAAUAAGAAAUUAAAACAACUAUGUUAAAAUAUUUUCUUGAGCUUAGUAUUUAUUGAAAGCGCAUAAACUUAAACAUAUAAUUAUUCACAUUUACAUAAAGGAACAUAGCGACAUUACUUACUUACACAUUGAUUAUUAAAAUAGUAUUUUUUUGUCAUUUUCACUUAUUUUUUUACAGAGUACAAAUACGAUUGCCAUUGCCAUACCUAUAAUACUGCCAUAUUGAAUUAAAUACCCAAAUUAAAUGCAAAAUUGUGCUUAAAGUUAAGUUAAAAAACAUUGAAUCAUAACUUUCAUGAUAAAAAUUACAUUAUAUCAUCAUGAUAGCGUAUUUUACACAAUAUACAUAAUUAUUUAGUGAUGAAUAUUGGACAGUAGCAACAACAUAUUGAGAUUAAUUAUGACUAGGUGGUACUGUUAAUGUAAAUUU